ACCUUAGAUCCAACCCAAAGAAGAAUGCAAGGCCAAGCUGGCAUGGCUAUGGCUUCUGUGUGCCCUCCAUUACCACCAUCACUUCUCCCAUCAUUCAGAAGAAAGUUUGUUGUGAAUAAAAAUAAUAAGCAUUGUCGAGUUGUGUGCAGCGCCUCCAAUAAGCAUGAUUCCCAGUCCCAGUCCCCAGGGAAUAUGGUGGACCGGAGAGACGUGCUUAUUGGGCUGGGCGGGCUGUACGGGGCUUCCAGUUUUGCCCCAGAAUMUGAUUCCUUUGCCAUUGCCGCUCCGGUGGACACCCCCCAAAUUACCAAGUGCGGGCCAGCACAGGUGCGCGACAAGAAGGUCGAAUGCUGCCCCCCGCCGUCCAUCAAAAUCAAAGACUUCCGGCCGACUCCACCCCGCAAAUUACGAGUUCGGCCGGCCGCCCAUUUAGUCGACAAAAACUACCUGAAAAAAUAUGAGAGAGCCGUGGAGUUGAUGAGAGGCCUGCCAGACCAUGACCCGCGUAGUUUCAUGCAGCAGGCGAAUAUUCACUGUGCCUAUUGUAACGGCGGUUACAAGCAACUUGGGUUCCCAGUUGAGCUCCAGGUUCAUAAUUCGUGGCUUUUUUUCCCUUUCCAUCGCUUUUAUCUCUACUUCCAUGAGAAGAUCUUGGGAGAGCUGAUUGGGGACCCCACUUUCGCCUUGCCGUUUUGGAACUACGACGCUCCGGCGGGGAUGACAUUUCCGGCCAUCUUCGCCAACCAGAACUCGCCGCUUUACGAUGAAUUUCGUAACGAGAAUCAUAUGCCGCCGACGGUGGUGGAUCUGGAUUACAAUGGCACCGAUGUAAAUAUGGAUGAUGAGGCCAGAGUAAGGAGUAACCUUCGGGUUAUGUAUCGGCAGAUGGUAUCCGGCAGCCGUACGCGGUCACUGUUUUUCGGCCGCCCUUAUCGAGCGGGCGACGACCCAUCACCAGGAGCUGGGAGCGUGGAGAACGUUCCUCACAUCCCAAUUCACAGAUGGUGCGGCAACAAGCACCAGCCCAAUGGUGAGGACAUGGGAAACUUCUACUCCGCCGGUCGAGACCCGGUUUUCUACUCCCACCACGCAAACGUGGACCGGAUGUGGUGCAUCUGGAAAACCCUGGGCCGACGGCGCAGGGACAUUCAAAACCCCGAUUUCCUCAACGCAUCUUUCGUGUUCUACAACGAGAAGAAGGAGGCCGUGCGAGUCCGCGUCCGGGACUGCCUCGACACCACAGCCCUCGGCUACGUCUACCAGGACGUGGACAUUCCGUGGCUCAAAACUGCCCCCUCGCCACGUCGGAAGAAGCUUCGAAAGGGUGGCGUGGCCAAUAACAAUAUGCCGAAAUUCCCAUCCUUGCUGGGCACCGGGGCAGCCCUGGCGGCGGAGUCGGAGUUGGAGUUUCCGCUGUCUCUGGAGUCGGUGAUCAGGACGGACGUGAAGCGGCCGAAGAAGUCGAGGAGCAGCAAGGAGAAGGAGGAGGAAGAGGAGAUUUUGGUGAUCUCUGGGAUCGAAUUUGACCCCAACACGGCCGUGAAGUUCGACGUUUUGAUCAACAGCGAAGAGGACAGGGAAAUACGGGCGGAUAACACUGAGUUUGCCGGCAGCUUCGCGAGCGUGCCCCAUCAGAACGCCAACAUGAACAACCUCAAGACCUGCCUGAGGUUGGGGAUAACUGAACUGCUUGAAGAUUUGGGCAUAGAGGAUCAAGACAGCGUCGUCGUCACUCUCGUGCCUAGGAUCAAGGAUCAGAACAUUACCAUUGGCGGCAUCGAGAUUGAAUUUGACCCAGAUGAUGAUUAACCAAACUGAUCCACUUAUCUUUAUUUUUCUUCUCUCCUAAAUGUCACGGUAUAAUUGCUGAUCUAUAUGAACUUAGUUGAUCGGUAAUUGAAAUAUUUGCUUCUUCCUUUUAA